AUGGCUGCUGUCGACGUCCCAGAUCUCCAAUUCACACCGGUAGAGGAGAUCCCGGGAAAGGCUCAGAAAGUGCGCACCACUUUCUUCCAGCAAAAGACUCGGCCUAUCGAGUUCCGGAUUCAACAGCUCCGAAAACUAUACUGGGCGUUUAAAGAUCGUGAGCACCUCGUCACAGAAGCUCUACAUCGGGAUUUGGGUAAACCGAAAUAUGAAGCAUAUCUUUCAGAAAUUAGCCUAUGCGAGAAUGACAUCAUCUUCGUGCAAAAGAAUCUUGCCAAAUGGGCGAAGGAUGAGAAGGCACAAGACAUCGAUUUGACCUUUUCGUUCAUGAAACCUGUGAUUAGAAAGGAUCCCCUGGGUUGCGUAUUAGUGAUUGGAGCUUUCAAUGUUCCUUUUAGUCUAACCCUUUGUCCCUUGGUUGGAGCUAUCGCUGCAGGGAAUACCGUGGUGGUCAAGCCCAGUGAAACGUCUCCAAAUUGCGCUGCUGUUCUGCAGGAGAUCAUUGAAGCUGCCUUCGACCCCGAUGUUGUAACUGUCGUUCAGGGAGGUGUUCCACAAGUUCAAGCUCUUCUAGCUGAGCGCUGGGACAAAAUCUGUUUCACUGGCAGCUCAAAUGUGGGUCGUAUUGUUGCCAAAGCUGCUGCACCCAACCUCACUCCCGUUCUACUCGAGCUUGGUGGCCGCAACCCAGCAUUUAUUACCAAGAAAGCAGACCUGAGGUUGGCCGCUAGACGGCUCCUAUGGGGUAAAACCUUCAACGCCGGCCAGAUUUGCCUCUCCCAAAACUACAUUCUCGUGGAUAGAGAAGUGCUGUCGCAACUGGUGACCGAGUUUGAAAAGACAUGGAAAGAAUACUAUCCUGAUGGCGUCAAACCCUCCCCUGACUACUGUCGUAUCGUCAAUGACUCUGCUUUCCGCCGGAUUAAGGGCCUGAUCGAUUCCAGCAAGGGCAAGAUUCUCCUCGGGGGAACUAUGGAUGAAAAGGAACGCUUUAUAGAACCCACCUUGAUCCAGGUUGAUUCCGUUGAUGAUCCACUCAUCCAACAGGAGACUUUCGGUCCCGUCAUUACAAUUUUGCCUGUAGGCGAUCUCGACGAAGCCAUCAAAAUCGCAAAUAAUGUCGACAGCACUCCGCUGGCCCUCUAUCCAUUUGGAACCAAACAAGAAGUCGAGAAAGUUCUCUCCUCCGUCCGCUCCGGAGGCGUUUCGAUCAACGAUUCAUUCAUGCACGCCAGCAUUCCCAACUUGCCCUUCGGCGGCGUUGGUGAGAGUGGAACCGGCUGCUACCAUGGGCGAAGUAGCUUCGAUGCCUUUGUGCACCGACGUUCAAUCGCCUCCACUCCUGGCUGGGUCGAGCGUGCUCUCUUCAUUCGAUACCCUCCCUAUGCGGGCAAGUUGAAAAAGGCCCUCAAGACCAGCACUCUAGCGCCCAAUUUCAAUCGGAAUGGACAGACGACUAUCGGCCUUCUGGGUUGGAUCGUGUGGUUCGCCACGUUUGGCGGAGGAGCUAAUAAGUCGGGAGCAAGCCGUGCAGCCGUUGCAGCUAUUGGUUAG